AUGCAAGCACUUACUGGCAGCACCCGCAGCUCCGUCGUCCUUGCGUACGACGCUCCUGCUCCUGACCCGGUGCUGGACGCGCUUGUUCACGAGUGUGGCGAGAAGAUGUGCACGGCGCUGCUGCAGCAUCAAUACUCGUGCUGGCGCUUGGCCAAGUUGAGGCGGCUCAAGGAGCAGUAUGACCCUCAUAACUGCUUUGGCUUUUACGCACCGAUCCAGUAG